CGACCUGUCGCCUUCAGGCUGUGUCGGCGACACGGGCGGUGUCGCGGCCAUGUCGCGACACAGGAGGGUGCCGCGGCGACAGCUCGGCGGGGCCGCGGGGGGCUCGGCUGCGGCGGCGGGCGCGGUGCGGGCCCGGGGCGAGGGGCUGAGGGACGUCCGCGUGGACGAGGAGGUGGAGAUGGCGGUGCAGCUCGCCCUGGAGCGGUUCCGCAGCGGGGAGGAGGCGGAGAUGGAAUUUCCUUCUAGUUUCACUAGUACUGAAAGAGCAUUUGUUCACCAGCUCUGUCAGUCUCUUGGACUGGUAUCUAAAAGUAAAGGAAAAGGAGCAAAUCGAUACCUGACUGUAAGGAAAAAGGAUGUAUCAGAACUAACACAUGCAAUAAUGACUUGUGACUUGGCUCUCCGUACAAAACAGGCAGUUCGGAGUUUAAUUCAGAGUUUUCCCGUCACAAAUAAAGAACGCACAGAACUUCUGCCGAAGACAGAGCGAGGAAACACAUGUGCUGUUGAAUCUGACAACAAAGAAGUGAACAAGACAAGUGGACGACUUAAUGAUGGUAUCCCCCAGGUUCCAGUGAAAAGAGGGGAAUCAGAGUUUGAUUCCUUCAGGCAGUCAUUACCAGUUUUUGAAAAACAGGAGGAAAUUGUCAAAAUAAUAAAGGACAAUAAAAUUGUUUUGGUUAUUGGAGAGACUGGAUCAGGAAAAACUACUCAAAUCCCUCAGUUUAUUCUUGACGACUGUUACAAAAAUGGAACCCCGUGUCGUGUAUUUUGCACUCAGCCAAGACGUUUGGCAGCUGUUGCUGCAGCUGAAAGAGUGGCAGCAGAAAGAAGAGAAAAGAUUGGCCAGACAAUUGGUUAUCAGAUCCGACUGGAAAGCAGGGUUUCUCCAAAGACACUGGUAACGUUUUGCACUAAUGACAUGCUGCUUCGCACACUGAUGGCAGGAGACAGUACCUUGUCAACUGUGACACAUGUUAUUGUGGAUGAAGUACAUGAAAGGGAUAGAUUCAGUGACUUCUUGUUAAUAAAACUGAGAGAUGUAUUGCAAAACCAGAAUAGUUUGAGAUUAAUUAUUUCUAGUGCUGCUCUAGAUGCAAAUCUUUUUAUUAGGUAUUUUGGAAGUUGCCCCGUCAUAAACAUCCAAGAAAGACCUUUUGAAGUUAAGGAGAUGUUUCUGGAGGACAUUUUACGAAGCACUGGGUAUACAAAUAAAGAGAUGGUCAAGUACAAAAAAGAGAAGCAGCAAGAAGAGAAACAGAAAAACACUCUCACUGAGUGGUGUUCUGCUCAGGAAAAUACUGGCAAACUGAAGCCUCAGAGACAAAAAUCUGUCCCAAGGGCAACUGAGGAGUAUCAUGUGUUGGAUGAUGGUGGUGACACAGUUUUUAAUCAAGUAACUGAAAAAGAUGUGAAUUGCCUUGAACCGUGGCUAGUAAAGGAAAUGGAUUCUUGUCUUUCUGACAUCUGGUUGCACAAAGAUAUUGAUUCCUUUGCUCAGGUGUUUCAUCUCAUUUUAACUGAAAAUGUCAGCGUUGAUUACAGGCAUAGUGAAACCAGCGCGACUGCUCUAAUGAUUGCUUCAGGGAGAGGCUUUUUGAGUCAAGUGGAACAACUGAUCAGUAUGGGAGCAAGUAUCCACUGCAAAUCAUCCAAUGGCUGGAUGGCUGUUGACUGGGCUAGGCGCUUUGGACAGACAGAGGUUGUUGACCUGUUGGAAUCCUACAGUGCUUCAUUUGGGUUUGGAAAUCUGGAUGAAAGUUCCCUGGUCCAAACAAGCGGUACUGACCUUAGUGCAGAGGACAGAGAGCUAUUGUCAGCUUAUCAUCACAGUUUUGAUGAUGAAAAAGUGGAUCUGGAUCUGAUUAUGCACUUACUUUAUAACAUCUGCCAUAGUUGUGAUGCAGGAGCAAUUUUAAUAUUUCUUCCUGGAUAUGAUGAGAUAGUGAGUCUGAGGGACCGUAUUGUUUUUGAUGACAGGAGGUUUGCUGAUAAUGCUCACAGAUACCAAGUUUUCAUGCUUCAUUCAAGUGUGCAGACUUUGGAUCAGAAGAAAGUGCUUGAAAGUCCACCUUCUGGCAUCCGCAAAAUAAUUCUUUCUACUAAUAUUGCAGAAACCAGCAUAACAGUCAAUGAUGUUGUAUUUGUUAUUGACUCUGGCAAGGUGAAAGAGAGGUCUUUUGAUGCACUGAGUCAUGUUGCAAUGCUAAAAACAGCAUGGAUUUCGAAAGCAAGUGCUAUCCAGAGAAAAGGCAGGGCUGGGCGCUGUCAACCUGGAGUUUGUUUUCGUCUGUUCAGCAGGCUCCGAUUUCAGAAGAUGUUGGAAUUUCAGACUCCAGAGCUUCUAAGAAUGCCACUUCAGGAGAUUUGUUUAUACACAAAACUGCUGGCUCCACCUAAUUGUCCAAUUGUAGACUUUCUUAUGAAAGCUCCUGAUCCGCCACCUGCUGUAGUUGUGAGAAAUGCUGUGCAUAUGCUUAAGACAAUAGAUGCCAUGGACCCUUGGGAAGAUCUCACCGAACUUGGUUAUCAUCUCACUGAAUUACCAGUAGAGCCACACCUUGGUAAAAUGGUGUUGUAUGCAGUUGUUUUGAAGUGCCUGGACCCUGUUCUUACCAUUGCCUGUGCUCUGGCCUGUCAGGACCCUUUUGUCCUGCCCACUCUGGCCUCUCAGAAGCGUGCAGCCAUGCUCUGCAGGAAACGCUUUGCUGCAGGGACCUUCAGUGACCACAUGGCCCUUCUCAGGGCUUUCCAGGCAUGGCAGAAGGCACGCAGUGAUGGCUGGGAGAGAGCCUUCUGUGAAAAGAACUUCCUGUCUCAAGCCACGAUGGAAAUCAUCGUAGGAAUGAGAACACAGUUGCUUGGCCAACUCAGAGCCUCGGGUUUUGUUAGAGCCAGAGGAGGAGCUGAUAUUAGAGAUGUUAAUACUAACUCUGAGAACUGGGCUGUAAUUAAAGCUGCCUUGGUGGCCGGGAUGUAUCCCAAUCUUGUUCAUGUAGACAGAGAAAGCUUGGUUUUAACUGAACCAAAGGAGAAGAAAGUGCGAUUUCAUCCUACUUCUGUUCUUAGUCAGCCUCAGUAUAAAAAGAUUCCCCUAGCAAAUGGACAAGCUGCAGCCAUUCAGGCACUCCCUACAGACUGGCUUAUAUAUGAUGAAGUGACAAGAGCUCACAAGAUAGCAAACAUCAGAUGCUGCUCUGUUGUAACACCUGUCACUGUGUCACUCUUCUGUGGACCAGCUAGGUUGCCAAGUAAUGCCUUGCAGGCAUCAUCGUCCUUCCGAGGGAGUGGGGUAUCUAAUGACAGCAGUGACAGUGAGAUGGAGGACAAAACAAUUGCUAAUUUGGCACUACUGAAGCUGGAUGAAUGGCUCCAUCUCAAAUUGGACCCUGAAGCUGCUGGAAUGCUCUUGCAACUCAGACAGAAGUGGCACAGUUUAUUCCUGCGUCGCAUGCGAGCUCCUUCUAAACCGUGGUCUCAAGUUGAUGAAACAACUGUAAGAGCAAUUACAGCUGUUUUAAGUGCUGAGGAACAGUCUGCAGGUUUGCAGCAGCCUUCAGGAAUUGGUCAGAGACCAAGGCCUGUGACUUGUGAAGAGCUUCCUCUGGCAUCUGCAUGGAGGUCAACCAACAGCAAAAAAGGAUCAGCAGAAGCUGAAUUCUCUGACUCCUCUAAUGCUGAAAAAGUUUCAGUGAAACCUACACCUCCCACACUUCACCAGCCAAAGAAGUACAAAGAGAAAGACAUUUUGCACUCCAAACGAUCUUCAGACGACAGGUCAGCUCAGUCAUCAGUGAAGCCUGCAGACAGCAGCAGCUAUCCCAGCCCUUGUGCUAGUCCUUCUUCUCCAAUAUCUGGAAAGGGUUCCAAAUCUCCUUCGCCAAGACAAAAUAUGCCAGUUCGGUACUUUAUAAUGAAAAGUAGCAACUUGCAAAACAUUGAUAUUUCUCAGCAGAAGGGUAUAUGGUCCACUACGCCAAGUAAUGAACGAAAACUGAACGGAGCCUUUUGGGAGAGCAACGUGGUUUACUUAAUAUUUUCUGUUCAAGGGUCUGGAUGCUUUCAGGGUUUUGCUAGAAUGGGUUCAGCGAUUGGGUGUGAGAAAAGUCAGGACUGGGGAUCUGCUGGUUUUGGAGGUGUUUUUAAAGUGGAGUGGAUCAGAAAAGAAAGCAUUCCUUUUCAGUUUGCACACCAUUUACUCAACCCUUGGAAUGACAGUAAGAAAGUACAAAUAAGCAGAGAUGGCCAGGAACUCGAACCACAAGUUGGGGAACAGUUGCUGCAGCUUUGGGACCGUAUUCCUUUGGCAGGAAAAAAACUGACUUGAUCAUGUCAAGAAAUGUGAUGGAGGUGGUUAUUUCACGUGUUGCUUGCUGGUUUUGUGGUAGAGGAAAAGCUGUCAACGCACAGUGUUUCUUUACAGUACUGUACCUUUGUAGCUUAUAGAAAAACAGGUGCACUUAGUACUAAAUAUUCUGUUCUUUUGAUUUUUUUUCAGCUGGUUUAGGUUGUUGAAACAUCAGCCCUAACCAUUAGAACCAGCAGUGUGUCUGCAGUGCAAAUGUGAGGAAGAAAGUGGCACAACAAGCUCCUGAAGCUAGAAGUGGAAAAAUAAGAGAGAAUUGGUUGGUUUCAAUGUUUCCUUGUCUUAAAAAUGUAACGCUAUUCACCAGCCUGUUUUUGACUAAAAUUUUUUUUUUACAGUAGGAUGCAGGUGAUAGUUAAAAACAUGUUUAAGUUCAAAACAAAGUUUGAAACAAUGAACCCCAUAAAGGUUGUUUAUGGGUUUAAAAUAGCACAGGAGACAGUUUAAAUAUGCAGGUUACAGUAAAGUUUUCUCAACCCAGUAAAGUGUAAUGUUAAUCAAUUUUGCAGUUUGUUUAAAACAGCCAUACUGUGAGGAUAUUUCCAAAUACAUCGCAAAGUUCUGUAAGUGUUUGUUGAACUUCUGUAUGCACAGUGAGGGAGAGCAGGAUAUAUUCAUACAAAUAACUAGGCAGCAGGAAAAUGUUAGGUUUUAAUUUAUUUUUAUAUAAUUAUUUUUUACAAUUAAUAUAAAUUAUUUUAAUUUAAUUAAUUUAAAUAGAGAAGAGAAAGGAGCACAAGACUUUUGAGAUUGGAUAGGUCCAGUGAUGUUUCCAGUUUCAAUUAUUUUUCACCUUAAAGAGGUGACUCAUACUUUCGCCAGCUGAAACAUUUCAGAUGCCUGCAGCCAAGUGGUACUCUUAAUUGUUCACUAACUUAGCACUGUUAGAAGUAUUUCUUUAAAAAAACAAUAAAAGAUAAUUUCUAGUACAA